UGUCCGAAUGCACCGCUGAAGGGUUUUUUUUAUUUUGAGAACAUGGUGUUCUCUGAGUUUUUGUUUACGUUCAUAACUUAGGCGUUUAGUUUUUUUGUUGUCGUGUGGAAAAGUAUUAUUUAUUCUGAAAACGCCGCACGGUACAUAAUAGCACCGUGUAGAUUAUUUUAAUGUGUGAUUUCGGCAGAACCAGCGCGAAAUGCUGAAAUACACAACGUGUUUAUCGUUUGCAUCGGAUCAACUUUAACUAGAUGGAUGACGACAUGCCAAAUGAGGCGCUGGCUGAGCUCAGAACCAAGCACCUUGGAGUUUGGGGAGUUGUGCAGAUAGCUGCUGGCACUGGGCUUGCAGUCUACGCCAUGUGGGUUGGACUCCUUCAGCCUGGCUUCAGAAAAGUGCCACUAAAGCUACAGGUCCCCUACAUCCCUGCUAGCAAAGCUCAAGUAAAAAAUGUGAUGAAUUUGAUGAGAGGUAGAACAGGAGGUUUGGUCGACUUGGGAUCAGGCGAUGGUCGUAUUGUGUUGGAAGCCUAUCAGCAUGGCUUUGCUCCUGCGGUCGGUUAUGAACUCAACCCCUGGCUUGUACAGCUGGCUCGCUUUCAUGCUUGGAGAGCAGGUCACCAUGGAAAAGUGUCAUACAGACAAGAAGAUCUCUGGAAGAUCGACUUGUCAAAAUGCAAGAAUGUCACAGUGUUUCUGGCUCCCAGUGUGCUUUCAUUGUUACAGAAAAAGUUGCAGGACGAGCUUCCCAAUGAUGCCUUAGUGGUGGCUGGCCGUUUCCCCUUCCCAGACUGGAACCCUUGCAGGAUUGAGGGACAUGGUGUGGACAGAGCCUGGGCCUACAAUAUGCAAGCACAACCGCAUCACACCAGUCAAAAAAAACAAAAACCUCAGUGCAAAACCGUGUGAUGCUGGCCAUUAAAUAGUUCAGGACGAUUUAGUCACUUAAAAAAAAAAUAAUGCUCUGAUGUUAGAAACACUAUCACUUAGGAUGAACUACUCUUAGGUAUUAAUGUUUUACAGACGUCAUAGACUAACUAGACUAUUUAUUUUUAUUUUUAAAAGGGAGUCAAACUCUUAAGUCUUGAGAAAGUAUGUUACAUGAACAUACCUCUGUUGAUCUUUAGGGAGUUGCCAAACAACCCACUCUAUGUUACAUUGUGUGCUUGUUUUUUUUGACAAAUUCUAAAGAUAAUCACUGAUCUAAGCUUGAUGUUAUCUCUGCCACCUUUGGCAGAGUUAGCAUCACAAUGCAAGAGUAUAAACCCAAACUUAAACUGAGCCAUGAGUGCAAAUGUGUCUGUAGAUUUGCAGCUAUAGUUGGAAAGUUUCACGUCGGAUUUAACUGUCAAAGGUGUCUAUGGACAACCCUGCACCUGAAGUUUCUGUGUGUGUGUGAAUACUAUCCCGGUUCUGUAGCUGGGAAAAAAAAAA